GUAAACAGCUUGGCUUGGACACUCGCUCACACCUUAUCUCCUGUGAUGCACGCACAACUGUGUUGCACUAUCCAUAGUAUCUCGGAGACAGACUGUCACGAAGCGAGAUGGAGAAAACAGACGUUUGGAGCUGGUUGCCUACCAGUUAUGCAGUACAACAGAACGCGUAGGCCGCUUUGUUCUCAGAGGAGACAAAAAGAUGACAAAUGAUAACCUGAAUAAGCUGUUGGUAUUUUGUGUAUUAUUUUGCGCUCAGAAAGCGUCCAUCGUGCAUGGUGCACAAGCUUUGGAAACUAAAGUGGCUCUGCUGCUCCACGCUGAGCCAGAGAAUCCAAAGUGCUUUGCUGAAGGGAUGUCUGACCUCACCUGCUUCUGGGAGGAGGAUGAGGAAAGGGCUGGCUCUGCUGACCAAUACUCAUUCAUAUAUACAUACCAGAAUGAGAACAGCAGUGAGUGUUCCGUAACUGCCCUACCAGCAGCAGGUGGCAAGAGGCUGUAUUUUUGCAGGUUGUCCCAGACUCAAUUAUUUGUGCCCCUUGACAUCCGGGUGUUUCGGGACGACCUGCUGAUCCACAACCGCAGUCUCUUCAUUGAACUUGUCUUCCUGUUAGACCCGCCUGCCAAUCUGACAUUGACGAGUACAGGGACGCAGGGGCAGCUGAAGGCCAGCUGGCUGCCUCCCUCUCUCAAGUACAUGGGUGACAGCAUGAUGUACGAGGUCAGCUACGCCAUGGCAGGGAGCCACAUUGGAAAGGUGGAGGAGGUGCAAGCCAGCUCUGAGCUCAUCUUGCGUGGUCUGCAGUCAGGCACUAAGUACAAGGUGCGCAUUCGUGUCAAACUGGACGGCAUCAGCUACAGCGGCUACUGGAGCACCUGGACUGACCCGGUACUGAUGGAAACAAUGCCUGGUGACUUGGACCCUCUCAUCGUGUCCCUGAGUCUCAUCAUCUCUCUCGUCCUCACCCUGCUGUCUCUCCUUGUGCUCAUGUCUCAUCGCAGGUUCCUGUUGAAGAAGAUCUGGCCAAUCAUUCCCACCCCUGAAAGCAAGUUCCAAGGCCUCUUUAAGGUUUAUGGCGGUGACUUUCAGGAGUGGUUGGGCCACAGCACUGGAGGCUUAUGGUUGAGGCCAACCUACUUCUACUCCGAGGAAUUCCCUGCACCACUAGAGGUGCUCUCAGAGGUUAGCCUUGGUCCCGUCUUACCCAGCUCCGCUUUGCCACCCAAGGCCUCAGAGGCACUUGGUGAGGAGGAUGAAGACGAGAAGCUAAAGAGGGUGGAUUCUGCAUUGGAGGGGUGGAGAGAAACCCCCCAGGAGCACUGGCCGAUGGACCAGCUCCGGGCUAUUCAUCAGCACCCUGCACCCUGGACCCAGUCUUCUCUACUGGAGUCCCAUGAUGCCUAUGUCACCCUCAAUGCUCAGAACCACAGUGGGGAGGAGCCUCUGGACGACAUAUUGGAAGAAACCUUGCCCCUGCAGGUUCUCUUUGCCUCUGGAAGGACAUCCUCUGAAUCUCGAUCAGACUUGGGCUCCUUCCAACAGAGCUCAGGAUUGGGCCACCUCUCGUCCCAGUCCAGUUUUGAGUACCCAAACCACACCUGGCCGCCCAAGGGCCCUGGGUACACCUACAUAGCAGUGGCCGACUCAGGCGUCUCCAUGGAUUACAGUCCGAUGAGCUCAAGUAAGAUCGAUGACAUUGGGAAGGGAGUUAUCUAUACCAAUGAGUACAAGAACGAGAUCCCUGCACACAGAAGACCCAUAGGUACGCCCAUCCACUUUGCAUUCUGAAUUAAGGCUAAGCUAUGUAACAGGCUAUGAACUGAGGCUUAAAGGUCCAUUGAAGCUGAAAAACAGUUGGGAUGUUUGGCCAAGGCUUCUACAUGGACUCCAUCUUCUUGUCAGUGGAAUGUAAAAAGCCAGGGUGUAGGCUACUCUCAUAACUAUGAGAUAACAGACAAAGCAACAUUUAAGCUCAAAGGCUUUGGUGAAGAAAAGUCAAAGGUAUCCCUGAUAAGGAUUUCAUAAUCCUUUUGGAUGUCACAAGCUCAUUCUCACAAUAUCCCUUCAAUCGGAAGGCAGCUGUUUGAGAAAUACAUGACCAACGGAAACACUCUAAAGUUGAUAUUAUACAACACAUGUAAUGUGUAUGUUCUAAGAUCAUUGGAUCUUGUAGGUCAAUUUAUAAGGUUAUUUUCUAUAUUUUUAUUGGAAUAACUAGAUAAUGUUGACACUUUCAUUGUAAAUAUUGUGUUUGUCUAUUGUGUAAGAGUAUCACUAAGACAUAGCCAUGGUCUUAACAUGAAGCUCCUGCGAGAAUGAAGAGGUACUGUAGGAUGUGCAGGAAUGUGUUUAGGCAAUGUGUCACAUUUCAGUAUGAUGCUAUUGUACACCUCUUGCUUGCAAUGCUUAGAUCAACAAAGGUUGUAAAAGUCAUGAUGGUUCCAGUGUUUGAAUGUUUGUAUAUUUGUCUAUCUAAUUGUCACCUCAUUGAAUCUUACAUAUUAUCAUACAUUUUGAGAGGCCAUAAUUGUUGAAACUGUAAAUAAUUCAAAUGACAUUUUUGGGGGGGUUUAAAUUUAAACCCUUUAGUUUUCAGUUAUUUUCAGUGUUCAUUUCUAAUCAAACUGGUGAAUGUUUCCUGACUUUUUCAUGACAUGUUAUGAUAAUACUGUGAUGAUUACCUAUACGGAACGUCUGACAAUCAUUUCUGUAACUCAGUAUCUCUUUAUGGUCAACAAAAAUGUCAUUAUAAUGCCUGAAAUAUAACAAAUGUUAAUCAAUUCUGAUGCGCUUCCAUAUUAGAUAUCUUCAAUGUUUUUUUUGUACUAAUAUGAUUUAAAAAUGUAUGGCAUUAAAGCAAAUGUUAUUGGUCACAUACA